UCCUCCGGGUUUUGCCUCUUGCGACUCCGCCAUUAAACCUCCGAGCAAGAGGAGGAGGAAGCGGCUGCAGGUUUAAAGCGAGAGAUCGGGGCAGUUGCAGAGAUCGCCUGCUGCAGCCUCCGACGCGCCCCGCUUCCAGCCGGGGACGGUGCCAGGGAACUGUAGUUCGCGCCCGCGGGCGCCGAAACGGAGCUGAGCGAGCGGGGAGCAGCGCCGGUACGAACCGGGAUGGCCAUCGAUCGCGUCCAUUGUUUCUCACUCAGGAAGACUAUCGCCUAAACACUGAGCAUCACUGCCAGGGAAUGGUCAGGGGCAGGUGGUGUAUAUGACGGUUGAACCCCAUUGACCACAAUCCAAUUCUUUAAAGGACUAGAAGAUCAACCAAGAAGAUAGUUGUUCCUUCUUUCAUAUUUCUGGCCAGACUUUCAGGGAUUGAGAGCAAAGAUAGUUUCCUGUCAAUCAUCCGGCUUCUAGAUUGGCCCAGUGAACUUUGGAAGCGAUGAAGAAGCAAAAAUCUACAGGUCCGGAACUGGAACUCAGACCAGACCCAGCAGGAAAAGCAAGCAGGGUGCUCCUGCCUGGAAUUAGGAUGGAGCAACCAGGAUAUGGAGUGCCUCAAGACGGCAAAGGGGGACCUGGCAAGGGGAGGCAAGAGCAAUGGGAAGCCCAGUGGCAGCAGUUCCUGAAGACCCUGCAGCCCCUUCACCCAGAAGAUGGAAGCACCCCAGAGACGCCUGAGUCUGCCCCCUGGGAAGACGCCAAGGCCUUCCUGGUCUCCUUUGAGCAAGUGGCCAAAGCCUGCCGCUGGCCCAGAGGAGAGUGGGCAGCCCGGCUCCUGCCUGCGCUGAGCGGGGAAGCAGACGAGGCCUUCCGGAGCCUGGAAGCCAGAGACAGAGAGGAUUAUGGGAAGGUGAAGGCGGCCAUCUUGCGAGGGGCCGCCCUGAGGACGGAGGCUGAGCGCCAACACUUCCGGCACUUCUGCUGCCAGCAGGUGGAGGACCCCCGGAGGAUCCACCUGCAGCUGCAGGAUCUCUGCCACCAGUGGCUGAAGCCGGAGAGACGCAGCAAGGAACAGAUCCUGGAGCUGCUGGUCCUGGAGCAGUUCCUGGCCAGCCUCCCGCCAUCGCUGCAGAGCUGGAUCCGAGCAGGAGGACCAGAGUCAUGUUCGCAGGCGGUGGCCCUGGCAGAGGAGUUCCUGGUGGCCAGCCAGCAGGUGGGCAAAACAGACAAAUGGCAGGGGCCGCUGCAAGAGGUGUGUUUGGGUUCUCUGGAUGCAGUUGAGGAGCCCUCGCAUGCCACCAAGGGGCAGGUCUGCUACGAAGGGAAGCAGGACAGCGAUGGGGAGAUCAGCUUGCUGGGCAGCGGAAUCAAGUGCUCAGGUCACUCUCGUUCCUUGUCUCCUGCGGAAGGACAGAGGAUGGCUGAAUCAGGUCUGAAUGAGGGGCUGGUGAGCCUCAAGGAGGCAGGUGUCUCCUUGCACCUAGUGGAGCCGACUCUGAUCCAGCCAGCCCAACAGACGAUGUUCUGGCAAGUCCUGCAGGAGGAAGAUAGGAAGACAGAAUCCUUGGAGGGAUUUUUGGCACCCAAACCAGAUUUCCCCUCCCACCCCAAAAAGGAGGAUGAGAUGUUCCACCAGUUCUCAGUGCGAUGUGAACGACCCUCGGACCAAGCUAUGGGUGAUGGGAAGCGAAGUGAUCUCAAGGUGGAGAAUUCGCAGUAUGGAGGAAAUGAGGCAGAGCCACAACCAGAUAUGGGCCAAGGGAAUGGACCAAUAGCAGCUGAGCUGUGUGAGAAAAGAUGUGAUGGGAAAAGACAUUGGAUCAAGAUGGAGAAAUCUCAGCUAGGAGAAACUUUGCUGGCAGAAGCACAUAGGACGUUAGCAGAAACAUCCCAAUGGGAUUUCCCUGAGGCAUCUGAAAUUUAUGAGGACCGAUGGGAAUCCAAAGAGCAUCAGGAGAAACAGCUGCUGAUGGAGAACAAGAAUGAAUACACAGAGGUUGUACAAAUUCUCCCACCUGCUGUUAGCACCAUGCAGACACAGGGGGGAAAGCUCUUCUCUAAGCAGGUCAGAAAAUCCCGCUACAAAUCGGGACUUCUUAUGAUCCCUAACAGGGAGAACGCCUAUAAAAGUCCCACGCUGGAAGAAAACGUCCAGCUGAAAUGUUUCUUGGAUAACCAUCCAGGAAUCUCUGCAGGCGAGAGGCAACAUGAGCUCUCUGAGGGCAGGAAAGGCGUCCGCCGUGGGGACGGUUUGAUCGGGUAUCAGAACAGUCGCACGCAAGCGGAUCCCUACGAAUGUCCCGAGGAUCGGAAAAGCUUCGGGAACAGAAAGGCAUUAAAGCGGGAUCAAGGGAUUCAGACAGAGGGGAGGAGAUACCAAUGUGCGCAGUGCGGGAAGUUCUUCAGACACAGGCAGACGCUGGCUAAGCACCAGAAAAUUCACACGGGAGAGAAACUGCACGAGUGCCCCGCGUGUGGGAAAGGGUUCACCUCUCGGGAGCCGUUACUGAGACAUCAGAGGAUCCACACGGGAGAGAAGCCGUACGAAUGCCCUCAGUGUGGAAAGUGCUUCAGGCAGAGGGUGCACCUGAUGUGCCACCAGAAAACCCACACGGGAGAAAAGCCGUUCAAAUGCCCCGAGUGCGGGAGGAACUUCUCUCGGAGGGAUAAGCUGAUCAGGCACCAGAGAAUCCACAGAGGGCAAAGGCCUUAUUCGCACCCGGAGGGCGGGAACAGUUUCGAUCAGAGAGCAGCGCUGGCAAAACACCAGGGCCUCCAAGAAGGGUGCUGAGAGACUGCUCUCUAGACGGCAACACAUUUUCCACAGUCAGGAGGGAAGCAGGGACUCGAGCUCCCGUCCCCGAAAGCCUCUUUUAAGCAGGUUGCAUUGCCACAGAGAAAUAAAUACAGUGGUACCUCAGUUUUCAAACAUAAUCCAUUCCGGAAGACCGAGUUCCGAAACAUUUGAAAACCUAAAACUCAAUACGGCAGCCGCAUGGCAUGUUCAACUUCCGAGGUGUGUUCAAAAACCAAAGCAUUAACUUCUGGGUUUACGGUGUUCAGAAACUGAAAUGUUUGUCAACGGAGACAUUCGAAAACCGAGAUACCACUGUAAAUAAAAGGAGAUGCCAAGCCUCUAACUGAAAAUUUCCUCUGCGACCUGUGCAGUACAAGAAAGAACAUGCAUCGCGUGGCGUUUCGUGAGCAGACCUGUUUCUUCAGAAUCCCUGUUUGCAAAGCUCUGAAGGAGUACAAUAAUAAAAUGAAUUCUGACUGGGUACCUACCGGUACUGUCUCCUUUAAUCGUGGCCGAGUCUCAUGCUUGCCUCUGUGCUAUGAACAUUGAGGAUUAAAACUCAUGUGGGAAGCCAUGACGGCUUAAAGUGGCAAUAGAGACCAGGCAGAGGGCCUUCUGGGUAGUGGCGCCUGCCCUGUGGAACACCCUCCCAUCAGAUGUCAAGGAAAUAAACAACUAUCUGACUUUUAGAAGACAUCUGAAGGCAGCCCUGUUUAGGGAAGUUUUUAAUGUUUUAUCGUGUUUAUAAUAUUCUGUUGGGAGCCUCCCAGAGUGGAUGGGGCAACCCAGCCAGUUGGGCAGGGUAUAAAUUAUUAUUAUUAGAGUGCUUUACAUGUAUGCUGCAAGCGGGGCCUUCGUCUCUGGUUGUUAUUCGCUUGCAUUAAAUGAUUACUGUAUAUUCCUGCGCAUAAGACUACUUUUUAACGCAGGAAAAUCUUCUCAAAAGUUGGGGGUGUCUUAUACGCCGGGUCGUAUUUCUUAUACGGCGAGUAUAUCCCAAACUCUAUAUUUUAACUGGAAAAGUUGGGGGGUCGUCUUAUACGCCCAUCCGUCUAGUUAUAACAAUGCAGAAGAGUGACAAUGAGAGACAGAGGUUCCAUCUGCCCCAUACAUUUAAAGCAGUACUGUAUUAUGUCACUAGUCACAGCUUCACCCAAAGGAUUAUGGGAACUGUAGUCUGUUACAGGCGCUGAGAGUUUUUAGGAGGCCCCUAUUCCCCUCAUAGUGCUACAGUUCCCAGACUGGUUUAAGAAUCCCUUGCCCCAAGGAACUCUUGUGAAUCAUAGCUUCAUGAGGGCAAUAGGGGUUUCCUAGCAACUCUCAGCAUCUUUAACGAACUACAGCUCCCUUUGGGGGAAGCCAUGACUGCUUAAAGUGGUGUAAUACUUCUUCUUUUUUUUUUUAUUUUUUAUUUUUUAUUUAUUUUAUUUGCAUUUCAAAUCAUUACAAAUUAUAUCGACACCAACAGAGGAAGACGGGAAAAAGAAGGAUAAGAAACCUAUUAUGGAUUAUAAGCUGUUAUAAAUCAAGAAAUCAUAUAAAAUGGUAAAUCAUAUACAUUUAACAUAUUAUAGCAAUAUAAAAGUAAACUUCAACAAAUUAAUGACCAACAAAGGGAACUUAAAGAAAAACAUAAAUAAAGAGAAUGAGA